CCAAGAGGCCCACCAAGCUAUAUGGUCUGGAGAUAACGGGAGAUCAAAUAGGUGCGCUUCUUCCUCUCGGCCUCCGCUCCGCUGCGCACCACUCCCCUAGUGUUGUUAUGCCGUUCAUCGUUUCCUCCGCUCCGAUGGAAGCGGCGGCCGCCUCCUCCUCCCCUCUCUCCGCUUUUUUCUCCCGCCCCGCCUCCCGCCUUCGGCCGCGCGGCUUCCGCUUCCUGGCCCUCUCCCUUCCCUUUUUCGGUGAGCUCCACACGCAGCGCUGCGUUGCCCUGAGACCCCGCUAUCUCCGGUUCUCCGUCGCCGCUCGGAGCUUCGGCGACAAGAUCGUCGCCCGGCCGUCGUCGGAGUUCCGGAAGAAGCAAUCCAGCGGGAGCCGCACCGAGGACGAGAAACUUCGAGCGCUCCGCGAUCUCUUUUCCAGGCCCGGUAUCGGGAUCGACGCUUAUAUAAUCCCCUCUCAGGACGCCCACCAGAGUGAGUUCAUCGCUGAAUGUUUCAUGCGACGAGCCUAUAUAACGGGCUUUACUGGUAGUGCUGGUACUGCUGUAAUAACAAAAGAGAAGGCUGCUCUAUGGACUGAUGGCCGAUAUUUUCUUCAGGCUGAGAAGCAGCUGAGUUGUGAUUGGAAGCUUAUGCGCAGUGGAAAUCUUGGUGUUCCUACAACUACUGAGUGGCUCAAUGAUGUCUUGGCUCCUGGUUGCAGAGUUGGCAUUGAUCCUUUUCUUUUUUCUUCUGAUGCAGCAGAGGAACUGAAAGAGGCAAUUUCCAAGAAGAAUCAUGAAUUGGUUUUUAUAUAUGAUUUUAAUCUUGUUGAUGAGAUCUGGGGAGAAUCAAGACCAAAGCCUCCCAUGAAAUGGACAAGAGUCCAUGAUAUUAAGUAUGCUGGUGUUGAUGUCUCAGCAAAAUUGUCUUCAUUGAGGUCUGAACUUAUGGAAACUGGUUGUACUGCUAUUGUUAUAUCAAUGCUUGAUGAAGUUGCCUGGCUCUUAAAUAUGAGGGGAAAUGAUGUUCCACACUCGCCUGUGUUCUAUUCUUACUUAAUUGUGGAGGUCAACAGUGCUCAACUGUUUAUUGAUAAGGCUAAAGUCACCAUGGAAGUAAUGGAUCACUUGAAAAGUGCUGGCAUAGAAUUGAAACCAUAUGAAUCCAUUCUUUCUGAAAUAGAAAGCAUUUUGGUAGGAACCAAGUGGGUUGCUACUUGCCAGGUCGAACAUUAUACUAUUAUAUUUCAGUUCUCAUCUUCUUGGGAUCUAGUUUUGGCAGCACAAGGAGCAAAACUCUGGUUGGAUACAUCUAGUGUAAAUGCUGCACUUGUUAGCAGAUUCAAAUCUGCUUGUAAUAAACAUCUUGCAAAAUUUGAAAACAAAGCAAGGGACAAAGUUGACUGGGAAACAUCUCCAGAUAUGGCACCAAACAAGCAUCAAGAUGCUCGGAUUGAAGGGCCAUCUGGAUUGUACAAGCCUUCCCCUGUCAUUUUGGCGAAAGCAGUGAAAAAUAAGGCAGAGAUUGACGGGAUGCGCAGUUGUCAUUUCAGAGAUGCAGCUGCUCUGGCAGAGUUUUGGGCUUGGAUGGAAGAGGAAAUUCAUAACAAUGCCGUACCUACAGAAGUAGAAGUGGCUGACAAGCUACUUGAAUUUCGUAAAAAGCAAGCUGGUUUCAUGGACACAAGCUUUGACACUAUUAGUGGUUAUGGUGCCAAUGGUGCUGUAAUACAUUAUAAGCCAGAACCAGAUAGUUGUAGUGUUGUUGAUGACAAGAACCUGUUCCUCUUAGAUAGUGGAGGUCAGUAUGUUGAUGGUACAACUGACAUAACAAGGACAGUACAUUUUGGUGAACCUACACCACAACAAAAAGAGUGCUUCACAAGAGUUCUACAGGGUCAUAUAGCUCUUGACCAGGCAGUAUUCCCUGAGCACACUCCUGGUUUUGUACUGGAUGUACUAGCACGUUCUUCUUUGUGGAAAGUUGGGCUUGAUUACAGACAUGGGACUGGUCAUGGGGUGGGUGCUGCAUUAAAUGUCCAUGAAGGCCCUCAAAGUAUAAGUUUUCGAUAUGGAAAUAUGGCUGCUUUGCAGAAGGGAAUGGUUGUCAGCAAUGAACCUGGCUAUUAUGAAGACAAUUCAUUUGGUAUUCGGAUUGAGAAUCUCCUUCAUGUUAAAGAGGUUAAAUUACCAAAUUGCUUUGGAGGCAUAGGAUAUCUUGGUUUUGAAAAACUUACAUUUGUCCCAAUUCAGAGUAAACUAGUUGACAUAUCCCUGUUAUCUCCUAUGGAGAUCAAUUGGCUCAACGAUUACCAUUCACAAGUUUGGGACAAGGUAUCACCUCUCCUUGAUGGUUCUGCUCGUGAAUGGCUUUGGAAUAACACAAGGCCUCUUCCAGCACGCUAGCUGUCGCUUGUUCCUAUUUGUUGCCUAUGAUAUGAGGUAACUUGCAGAAGAUUCAUUAAGAUUGCUGUAAAAUAUUUUGCACAUUUAUGACACAAGAAAAAAAGAAGGUUUGAAUAUUGUUUGAUUGAACGUCCAAUAGUUUCUUAGCAGCAAGCAGCAAUUCGAAAUUUGUUGUUAAAACUAUAUUGCAGGCAAACACAAGGUAGCAGGGGCCAUAUAAUGGAACACCAGUUCGUGGUUGGGCCAGUUGGAUCAAUCCGUGUUGGUAUUAGACCAAUGGGCUGGAGUGUCUGCUAUUUUCCACGUCGAUUGUGAUCUCUAGUUUCCUUCUUGGAUUUGGCUUGUACCUUCUGAUUGGCUUUAUACUUUGGAGUUCAGGCUACUAUUAAACUCGGUUGGGGGUUAUGGUUGCCUCUGUUAGCAUGAUUGUCGUGGGAAAGUUCGAGGGUAUGUGGGGGGGGCACAUGGAAAGGUUAUGGCCUUUAUUACAAAUCAAGCAUUCCGAGAAGUAUCCUAAAGACAACAAUCUAAUUACACCAAAAACUGAGAAGAAGACCCACUUCCUCUG